ACGAAAACUUUAUUUCCUUAUUGAUAUUUUGACGAAAUUGAGAAUUUAGGGUCAUCAAUCAAAUCUCCGAUCAUCUCGAAUUCGUCUUCAGUGUUACAAUGGUGCUUUCGCAAAAAAUUCAUGGAGCAUUCAAAGGUGCAGUGGAGAGGAUCACUGGUCCUCGAACUGUCUCAGCGUUCAAGGAGAAGGGAGUUCUCAGCGUCAGCGAAUUCGUUCUCGCCGGUGAUAAUCUCGUCUCCAAGUGCCCUACCUGGUCUUGGGAAUCUGGUGAGCCAAGCAAAAGAAAGCCAUACUUGCCUUCAGAGAAACAGUAUUUGAUUACUAGGAAUGUACCUUGUCUACGAAGAGCUGCAUCUGUGGCAGAGGAUUAUGAAGCUGCGGGAGGUGAAGUUUUGGUUGAUGAUGAAGAUAAUGAUGGUUGGCUGGCAACUCAUGGAAGACCUAAAGAUAAAGGCAGUGAAGAUGAAAACUUGCCAUCCAUGGAUGCCUUAGACAUAAACGAGAGAGAUACUAUUCAAUCACUACCCAAAUGUUCUGGAGGCGAGGAGGAGGAAGAUAUUCCAGACAUGGCAGAGUUUGAUGACACUGACAAUUUCAUAGACAAUGAUCCCGCAACUCUUCAGUCAACGUUUCGUGUGGCUCAUGAGCCUGAUGACGAUAAUAUCCUUCGAACCAGAACGUAUGAUGUUAGCAUCACAUAUGACAAGUAUUACCAAACACCCCGUGUUUGGUUGACCGGCUAUGAUGAGUCAAGGAUGUUACUGCAACCCGAACUUGUAAUGGAGGAUGUUAGUCAAGAUCAUGCACGUAAAACGGUAACAAUAGAAGAUCAUCCGCACUUACCUGGGAAACAUGCUUCUGUUCACCCAUGUCGACAUGGAGCUGUUAUGAAGAAGAUCAUUGAUGUCUUAAUGUCGCGUGGAGUAGAACCUGAAGUUGACAAGUAUCUCUUCUUGUUCUUGAAGUUUAUGGCAUCAGUUAUUCCAACAAUCGAGUAUGAUUACACAAUGGACUUUGAUCUCGGUAGCUCAAGCACUUAAUUGCAGAUGGGACAUACUGUGCUCUUGAAUCCGAGAAGCAGCAAAAAGUUACCGGAGCGGCUCUUCACGGUCUAUAAUUUGGAGUCUCUCGCUUUUUUUUUUCCCUAAGUUAUUUUCCAUUUUUUGUUUUUGGACCUUCAUAUAUUUUGUUACCGAUGCACAGAUAAUGAUAAAUCGAUUUCAUUUCUCAAAAA